CAUGACAUGGAUUUUGGCCUUUUUGAACUUGAUGGGGAAGGAGACUGCCUCACACUUAUUCAGCCCAAACAAGAAGCCACAGCUGCCCCAACCUGCUGUCAACUCAACACCAACCCAGAUGCAAAAGAGGAAGUCAGAACCACAGAUGGCACAGUCCCAGAAUCAAGCAGCAGUGACAUAACAGUAGCAGACUUAGUUGGAAUGGAAUGCGAGUCUUUGGACUCUUUGGAUGAUCUCUGGAACCUGAAAGAUUUCUCCAAGGAGUUCAAAGACCUAAAUGCGGAACCUGAAAUGUUAGGGUGUGAAAUGUGGGAGGAGACCUUCACAGAAGUAUUGUUCCCAUCACUUUUGGUUGUCUGAGCAUGUUGUGUUAAGUCAGACUGUUGAGGAGUAGAUAGGACAAAUGUAAUCUGCACCCACUGUCAAUAGAUAAUGAGCACUACAUUAUUCCAAUAAGCAGCUCAAUAACUAGCUGCUGUUUAGGAAAGGAGUCAAGAGAAAGAAUGUGCUGGCUCAGUAGGGUGGCCAAAAGCAAGGCCACUCAGCACCAUGCUUAGUGCAGGUGAAUGUGAACGACAACUUAUGUUGUGAGAUGGUCAGUAAUCAUCAGACCAUCAAAGACCAUCCAGUUAUAGAAAGAGCUACAGAAUUCCUCUAAAACACCUUUCAACUCCUAUUACAAGGACUAGUGGGUUUUUCUUAAGAGAAGAAAUAUUUCCUUUGUAUUUACACUCACUAGUUAGAACAUUUUUGUAGUUAUCCAAGAUGUUCAAUUAAUUACAAGAGUGGUCUUACAGUUGUAGGCAAAAUAAUUUGUUAUGACCUCUGUUAUGAAUAGAUUUUGUAUAUAAAAUAAGAACACAAUUCUGUGAAGGU